GAGGUGCAGCUCGCCCCGAGCGAGUUCGAGCCGGCUCCGCCAGCCUCGGGAAGCGCCUCGGCCGCUGCCCCGCAGGCUGCUCUACCGACCCCUGGCGGCUGCGCGGGCCCCGCUGGGGCGGGGGGCGCUGCGGCACAGGGGCCGCCCAGCCCGAGGUCUGCUCGGGUGGCCUCGGAGCUCUCGGCCGCCGACCCGUCCGCGGAGGCCACCGCGGCGAGCGCUGCUGCUGGCCCGGGCAGGAGCUCCGAGGCGAGCCCACCAGAAGGCGCCACAGCGCCAGUGCAGCCCACUGAACCAGCCUCCCCGGACGCCUCGGCCGCGCCCUCCGCCGGCGUGGGGGGCAGCAGCGAGGCCCCGCCACAGCGCACCGCGUCGAGCGUGCACCACGCGGGUGGCCACCAGGACCUGCCUCCCCUGGCCUCGGGGGGCGCCCGAGAGCAGCCGGUGGCCCACCGCCAGGAGCCACCUCCGCCAGCACCCGCCGCUCCGGCGAUGCGCGACAGCUGCCGCGGGGCGGCCCUGACGGAGGGCGCCGUGGCACAGGUGCAGCCUGCCGCCGCCAGCUCCCCGCAACCCCCUCGGGCAGCCUCGGGAGGUGCCCCGACCACCCCGCCGCAGCAGGCAGAGGCCGACGGGGCGGCGUCCAGCAUGAGUGGAGAAGCGGGCCUGCAGGCGCCCGCCAGGGGCCCCGGACAGCUGCCUCGGCCUGCCUCGGAAGAUGGCCCGAUCACUCCCUCUUCGCCGGCAGCAGGUGCAGCUGCCGCGGUCUGCGGCGGCGACGCGGGCGGCUGCAUCGAGGUGGCCAAGGUCGAAGUCCUUGGGCGCCCUCGGCACGCCUCGGGGAACGCCUCGGACAGCCCACUGCCGACGGCGGCCGCCCCGGGAGGCCCGGGCAGCGGCAGGGCCACCCUGCAGGGGGAGGGCAGCGCGGCAGGUGGGCAGGCCGCCGCUGGCGCCCAGAAGCCUCCUCAGGAAUCCUCCGGAGACGCCUCGGUCGCUCACCCGCCAGCAGCGGCCGCCCCGGCGGCACCCGACAGCGGAGAGGCGACCGUGCCAGAGCCUCCCGCUGGCACCCAGCAGCCGCAGCCACCUCCGCCAGCCACGGGAGGCGCCGCGGCCUCUCCGCAGCCGGCCCAGGCGGCUGCGGCGACGCCCGACGGCGGCGCGUGCGGCAGCAAGCAGGCGACCCCGGCGGCUGGCGCUGUGGCGCCCGUGCGGCCUGCCGACGGCCCCCAGGUCGGCGCCGAGGGUGCCCGCCUGCGCGCGGCGGUGCAGCAGGACAGGCGCGACUUCGAGGCGUGGUCGAGGCUGCUCGAGCUGGUGGAGCGGAGCGGCAGCGACGACGCCGAGGCGCUGUACAGCGACUUCCUGGAGGAGUUCCCGCUGUGCUGGGGCUACUGGAAGAGGCUGGCGGAGCUCGUGGCCGCCCGAAGGGGCGCCGCCGAGGCGCUGGCGGUGUACGAGCGCGGCGCGAGCGUCGCCGCGCCCUGCGUGGACCUGUGGCUGCACUACUGCGACGCCGCGAGGGCCGCGGUGGGCAACGGCUGCACGGAGAGCGACGCGCGGGCCGUGUUCGCGCGCGCCCUGUCCGCGGCGGGCCUCGACUGGCGCGCCGGGCCCCUCUGGGAGCGCUGCGUCGACUUCGAGCAGGCCCUCGGCAACUGGAGCGGCGUCGGCGAGGCGUUCCGGCGGGCCCUGGCCGUGCCCAUGCAGGGCCUGCCCGCGCUGCGCACCCGCCUCCAGCGCGCCACCAUCGGCGCGCAGGGCGUGCCGCUGGACGCGCUGUGCUCCGCCGAGGAGGCCGGCGACCUGCUGGCGCUGCGGCAGAGUUUCGGCCCGGCGGCCAGGCCGAGCAUGCUGCAGGAGGUGGCCGCGCAGGCGACGAGCGCCACCGAGCACGCCUUCCACCAGCAGUGCCUGGUGUGGUUCCUCAACGUGCGCGAGGCGCAGUACCAGCGCUCCUUCGCCGAGGCGAGGGUUGUGGCGCCCUUCGAGCAGAGCAUCAAGCGCCCCUAUUUCCACAACAAGCCGCUGAGCAGCAUGCAGCUCAACGCCUGGAGGAGCUACCUGGACUUCGAGCUGAACCGCCAGCCGCCCGAUCAGCGGCGGAUCGAGGCCCUCUUCCAGCGCUGCCUGGUGGCCUGCAACAACUACCUCGAGUUCUGGCUCCGCGGUGCUGCCUGGCUGGAGGGCGCGGGACGCGCCGAGGACGCCUGCCAGCUGCUGGGCCGCGGCGUGGCCUGCGGCCGCCUGCGCGGGUGCCCCGCGGCCGUGGUGGCGUGCGCCGAGCUCGAGGAGCUGUGCGGCCGGCCGCAGCGCGCCCGCGAGCAUUUGGAGGGGUUGCUCGAGGGCGGCGUGCGCGACGGCACCGUCGAGGCCGGGCUGCGCCUCUUCUCCCUGGAGCUCCGGGCCGGGGGCCCAGAGGCCGGGGCCCUGGCGCUGGAGGGCCUGCUCGGCGGGGCCAAGGACCUCUCCGCCCGCGGCGUGCUCGCGCGGCAGCUGGCGCGCCUGUGCGAGGACGCGCUGGGGGCGCCGGAGCGCGGCGGCGCCGCGCUGCGGGCCGCCUGGGAC